CUCCAUGAGACCAUCACCUACCAAUGGUCCAUACACACACACACCUUGUUCCUUUUUGACCGGCCGCAUGCGUAGCAGAAGCAAACACUCCAACUCCACGGCCAUGGAGCUCCUCCCCUUCCUCCUCCUGCUACUCCUGGGCGCCACCGUGGCCUCCGGCGAACCGGCGUACCCUGGCUACGGCGCCACCGACGCCGAGCCGGCGUGCGGCGUGAAGGAGGAGGCGGCGGUGCCUGUGCCGGAGAGGCGCGAGGAGUUCGACGGCGGGCGGAUCCUGGACAUCAGCCACUACUACCGGGAGGACAUGCCGGCGUUCGAGUCGGCGGAGGGCACUCCCGGGUUCCUGCGGCUGGCCCGGUCCAUGCGCAACGGCUCCGACAUCGCCAACUUCUCCGAGCUCCGGCUCACGGCGCACUCCGGCACCCACGUCGACGCGCCGGGCCACGUCUUCGAGCACUACUACGACGCCGGCUUCGACGUCGACACGCUCGACCUCGCCGUCCUCAACGGACCAGCGCUGUUGGUUGAUGUUCCAAGGGACAGCAACAUAACAGCUGAUGUCAUGGAAUCCUUGCAUAUUCCUAAAGGUGCCCGCCGUGUACUCUUCAGAACCUUAAACACCGACAGAAAGCUUAUGUGGAAGAAAGAGUUUGAUUCAAGUUAUGUUGGCUUCAUGGAGGACGGUGCUCAGUGGUUGAUUGAUAACACUGACAUCCAACUAGUUGGAGUUGAUUACUUGUCUGUGGGAGCAUAUGAUGAAUGUAUUCCAGCUCAUCUAGUUUUUCUUGAUAAAAGGGAAGUCAUCCUUGUGGAAACAUUAAACCUUGAACAUGUUGCCACUGGAAUAUACACCUUGCAUUGCUUGCCACUAAGGUUGCGCGGCGCUGAAGGUUCUCCAGCGAGAUGCAUCCUCAUCAAGUAACAACUGUAGCAUGUACUCCCUCCGUUCCAAAAUAGAUGAUCCAACUUUGUACUAACUUUAGUAUAAAGCUGAGUCAUCUAUUUUGGAACGGAGGGAGUAUAUGAUAUGAAAUAAGAAGAUAUGUGUAUCACGUACACGGUACAUCAAUAUGAAUUUGCAAAUGGAUGUGUCCAAUCUCCAGUAGAUAACAGAUGAAACAUGCUAGUCUGUAGAUUUCUGCAAGUACACUUGCUUUGAAUCUGGCAUCUCUGUACAAUGUAAAAGGUUACUAGCGACUCUGUGAAUUUCAGUGUUAAAUUUCAGUAUGGUUGGACUCAAGCCAACCUAGGCCA